UCGAGUUCGGCUUCUCUCUCUCUCAACAAUUCCCUCUCUCGUUCACGUUCAAGCCUUGACCGACUCCGGCUCCUCCUUGAACUACUAGGACUCCGACUUCCACUCUUCCUAGACCUUUCCUUCUCUCGUUCCCUCUCUUUAUCCCUCUCUCUCCUCUCUCUAUCUCUAUCCCUCUCCCUCUCUCUCCUCUCCCUAUCCAUGUCCCUCUCCUUAUCUCUCUUCUCUCGCUCCUUCUCUUUCUCUAUCUCCCUCGAACUCCUCCUCUCCCUACCCCUAUCCUUGUCUCUCUCGCGAUCCCUAUCCCUAUCCUUAUCCCUUUCCCUCUCUGACUCCCUCUCUCUGCUUCGAUGCCGAUCCUUCUCGUGCCUCGACGUCCUCUCUCUUCCAUUCUCUUCUUCGCCUCUCGAUUUCUUACUCUUCCUGUUCUCUUCGCUUCGAUCCUUAUCCUCAUCGUCAAAAUCAUUAUCUUCGCCUCUGUCUCUCCUUCGAUAUCCUUUCUCUUUCUCUUUCUCGCUCUUCGAAGACGAGCCGUUUUGGUUCUUCUGAUGUUCCACAGUUUUCUCCAGAUAUUCGUACUCGUCGAAAUCCAUGGCUUCUCCAAGGUCCAGCUGGCAACCUUGAAGGUGAUUGAUCCUACAGGUGAGCUUCUCGGAACCCUAGAGUUGCAG